GGAGAAGCAUAUCUAGUCACUCAAUAACAGUUUUGUCUCUGUACAGCUGCAUCAUAUACAGAUUUGCAACUGAGAAACCAUCUUCCAUUUGCAAACCUGGCACUGCAGCUGAAGAUUUUGGAAUCAGAGUGUGUCGUAUACAGAGAUAAAACGUCCUGCCCAGAGAUGUACACAGUGAUAUCAGCUCUGUAAAGGAAUGAAGCAGGGAUGAUAUUUCCACAGAAAAGAAAGGGCAGUGUUACAGGGCAGACAGUCCACACCACAACAUGCCUUCACACCACCGGGACGGGAUAUUGAUUGCAAUUGCCGGCUGUGCAGUGACUCUGACCCUCUGGUCCCUUUGUGCUUGGCAGCUUAUCAUCAAGUUUCACACAGAAAUUACAGGAACCGUGGUACCUCCUUGCUUCUGCCACAAUGGGGGAAUCUGCCAGGAUGGAGCCUGCAUGUGCCCUGACGAGUGGAUAGGACUUCUUUGUGACAUAGUUAAUUUCUGUGAGGCCAGUACUUACACAUACAACUCGGAAGGCGAUAUAAAAAAUCUUACUUUUGAAAGGAUUAUAGUGGGUAAAUAUGGCAGCUCCAAAGAAAAAUGUGAACCUCACACUGUGAAUGGUAACUCUUCAAUUGCAAUUCGAUUGUGCUCCAGAAAUGGAAUAAUUCCUACUUUAGAGCAACCCAGUGUGCUGAAUUGUAAUGAAAAUCUGGACUCCCUAGCAUCACAGGUGGAAACUGCAGACUCCAGCGCUGUUCUAGAAAUUGCAAAGACCACUCAAAUCCUUACCGCCGUGCCUGACCAACUGACCACACAGAACAUUUCUGCUGCCGUGAAUAUCUCAGUGCAGAUUCUGAAAAAGCCAAACAUUUCAGAUGACCCUCAAGCAUCUAAAACAGUAGUGACUACAGUGAGUCAGCUCUUGGAUGCCAAGGAAACAGAAUUCAGCAAUGAUCUUGUCAAUGUUACAUCAAGCCUCACGAAGACAAUUGAAGAAUUUUCUUUGAUGAGCAACGUCACUCAGACCAACAUUGCAGUCCAGUCUGUCCCACUGAUAUUGAACUCCUCUGCGAUUCUGUUUUUGGCACAGAGAGAUGAAACACUGGGAAAUUUUCAGACAACAAAACUAGAAAUACAGGAAGAUGCCACUGGGCUUAGUGAUGAACUCAGUACUGAAGUUCAGAUACUGCUCAAUAUUACAAGUAACAGUUCAUCAAAUAAUAGAAGAGCUGGCUUUGUCCUUUAUCAAAACAACAAACUCUUCCAGUCACAGACUUAUAGAAGUCACAAUAAUUUUUCUAAACAAGUUGUCUCUGGUACCAUUGAUGGUGGAACAGCCAAUGGUGUUGAAAUAGCCUUCAAUCCCAAGUACAACACAUCCAAAUUUCAGCUGCAUGAUUAUGCAUGCGUCUUUUGGGACUACUCUGUGAACGACUGGAACACCGUAGGCUGUACAAAAGAAAGAGGCCAAUUCUUGAGAUGCAAGUGCAACCACACUACGCAUUUUGCUGUCCUCAUGGCUUUUCGGAUCAAUUAUAAAUAUGCAAAGCCUUUGGAGUAUAUCUCAUACAUUGGUGUUGGAUUGUCCAUUGCUGGUCUGGUCAUUACCAUUUUAUUUCAAAUACUCACUAGGAAAACUCGGAAGUCAUCUGUAACGUGGAUGUUAGUGAGUCUCUGUUCCUCAAUGCUAACUUUUAACAUCAUCUUCAUCUCUGGAAUUGAAAACCGAAAUUCCAGGAAUCACAGCAGCAAUACCAGUGGAUACGAACAGCAAUACAGCACUUACUAUACCACCAAUAACACCUUGCCCAAAUCUGAUGUGGUAGAUCCUCCUGAAGACUCCUGGUGUACAGCUGUGUCUGUCCUACUGCACUAUUUUUUGUUGGCAACAUUUAUGUGGACAGCACUAAAUUGUGCACAGUUGUACUUACUGCUGCUUAGAGCCAUGAAGCCCCUUCCUGGAAACUUCAUUGUAACCAUGUCAGUAAUUGGAUGGGGAAUCCCUGCUGUAGUAGUUGCAGUAACACUUGGAGCUACUUAUAGAGGAGGAAAUGCUUUAAACUACCGACAGGAAGAAUUUUGCUGGCUUGCAGCCCUGGAUCAAGAUCAGAAUUUCAGCACAAAAAAGCCCAUGUUGUGGUCGUUCCUUUUACCAGUAGCACUGAUACUCCUGUUUAACAUUAUCAUCUUCAUCAAGAUUGUUGUCUGUGUGAUAUGGAAGGAGAACAAGGAUUUGACAAGGAAUAAGAAGGAUUCAUUCAUGGGAAAGAUCACCGGCACUAUCUCUGUAGCUGUAGUGCUUGGAAUCACCUGGACAACAGGCUACUUCAUGCUAAUAAAUCAGGAGGAAACUAGUCUUGUUUUCAGCUAUGUGUUUUGCAUUUUGAAUGCUACACAGGGAAUUCAGAUUUGUAUUCUGUACACUUUCAGAUCACCAAUCUUCAAGAAAAAAAUUUCUAAAAUGAGUCCUGCUUGGAAGAUGCCAGAGAUAUCAAUCUACCUGCAUUCACAAAUUUACCGUGUUGCAAAAUUACAGCCUGUGAAAGAUUUCCGGGAAACUUUCAGAUCAUUUGAGACAGAAAAUAUUUCCUUUUCCACCUUAUCUGAUUGCUAUUAGAAACCUGUAAAUACAUGAAAUAUAAACCCGUAUUUGUUCAUAGUUUGCUUUAUGUAGAUCUCACUGGUACGUUGAAUGACAGACAGACUAUUCCAACCGCAGGUGGCUUGGCAUAGAUCUUCAGACAAGAACAGCAGGAGUCAAAAGCAGGACCACAUGUGUGUGAUUGUUAAGUGUCAAUGCAGCACUAGAUCCUCUUGAUGCCACUUAUACAGUACAGAAGUUGCUCUGUUUAUGCCCUUCUCAUUUCUCAGGCCUGUUGAACAAGUUUACUUAGCUUAUGCCAUGUAGCCCUCCUCUCCCUUUUGUAAGAACAAUUUUAAUUUAAUAGGAAACCAAAAGGUAAAUCAGCUGCACAGUUCGUACCAGUUCUGGCCACAAACUGUAUGUACUACCUCCAUAAAAUGUUGGCUUUGUGACUGUCUUCACAGAAUAAAAUGUGUCUUAUAAUGUUUUUAUGUUUGUUUGUUUGUUUGUUUUUAAUUUCCCAAAUUAAACUUCUUCAGAUGAAAUGACAGACAAAAUAUUCUGCUUUUAUAUGACAACAUGAAGAAAGAGAUGUUAAACACUUGAAGAACCAGGCUGGAAAAGAAAUUCUUUAUGACUAUAUAACAUAGGUCCUAUUCACAUCACCCCCAGCUUUAGCCUGUCAGGAUGACUGUUCACUUUGGGAGGCCAAAGUGCUUCGGUUACCAUCCUGCUCUGUGCUGGCUUUUGGCUGUGCCCAUCUCGCUGCCUCUCUGUUGCUUGGCUUUAUGGAGAGUUUGGAAGAGGAGCAAGCUCUUCUCACUUUGGGACUUGAGCAAAGCUCUACGGGCUCUUCUCUAACAAAUGGGAAUAACGGUACUGACUCACCUCAUUCUCUCCUGUGUGAGAAAAAAAGCCCAAGAAAUUUAGACAGGCAACUUUAAAAAACAUUAUUUCUUUAUUCCAUGCUAUGAAUAAAUACACUCACAUGCUUUGCCAUCAGUGGUUUUAAUAAAAUAAGAAUACCAUGUUGAAUUUUACACAAC